AUGUCUUAUGACCGCUACCUAGCAAUAUGCAAUUCCUUGCAUUAUGCAGCACUUAUGAGAAGCUGGGUUCGCAUACAGCUAGUGUCUGGCUCUUGGAUAAUGGCCUUCUUUACUAGUACCUUGAUAACUCUUUUGAUGGCCAGGUUAACAUUCUGUGGCCCCAACGAAAUUGACCAUUUCUUUUGUGAUUUUGCCCCGAUGCUCAAACUCUCCUGCAGUGACACCAGCCUGAUUGAACUGGUAGAUCUAUUACUGUGUUUUGCAGUUAUACUUCCUACAUUCCUGUUAACCCUGAUGUGCUAUGUUUGUAUCAUCGCCACCAUCCUGAGAAUCCCCUCCACUACCGAGAGGCAAAAGGCCUUUUCCACGUGUUCCUCCCACCUCAUCGUAGUUGCUACUUUCUAUGGCUCACUCAUCAUUAGUUACAUGAUACCAACUGCUGGCACUGCAGGAGACCUGCGCAAAGUGUUCUCUGUCUUCUAUACUGUCCUGACACCCUUGGCCAAUCCUCUCAUCUACAGCCUCAGAAACAAGGUGGUCAAAGAGUCAUUGAAGAAAGCUGGAGGCAAACUGGCUGCUUUCAUAAGGAGGUGA